AUUAAGUGACUACGCAUAGCUACUGCAUAGAAAAGCCAACUCAUUCUAUACAUCUGGUUGUAAAAAAAAAGACCCUUUCCCUUUAGCCAAUGGAAUUGCCCACACCUGAAAAUAUCCCCAAGUGAGCAGCAACGAUGUAAAUUCUAAUACGUGCUUGUCCUAUAAAAGAAGGUAUAACACACGGAGGUUUUAGUAGUAACUAUUACUUGUUGCCAACUGAGUCGUUUGCAGAUUUAUUGCUGAAAUGCGACUGUUUCUUUUUAUUGCUUUGGUCGUUCUCUAUUCACCCCAACAAGUGAAAGCGGGGCCUUGUGACAACGUCGUCUCCAUCUCAACGAGUUGGCCUGGUGGCUACACAACAACCUUAGUUAUUCCAGUAACGACCACUGUGUCUAGCUGGACCAUCGGCAUUACAUUUUCAGCAGCAAUUUCAAGUUUAGAGGUGUGGAAUGCUGUAUCAACAACUACGGAUUCAACAAAAUUCAGUUUGAUAAACUUGAGCUACAACGGGGUUCAAAACGCAGGGACCGUGUUUAAUACAGUCGGUUUUAAUGUGCGGUAUCCUUCUUCCAACGCUUUUCCAACCAUUACCAGCGUUGUAUUCAAUGGCGUAAAUGUUUGCUCGACAGCAACUGUUCCUCCAACGACAACAUUCCGGACAACUACCAAAGCAGCUAUCACUACCAAAGCAGCUAUCACAACUACUAAAACAACCCGGCGGACAACUACUAAAAAAGCAGCUACCACUAUUGCAACAUCCCCGACAACCAAGAGAACAACUGCCGCACCACCAACAGCAGCACCAGUUACUGCAGCCCCUGUCACGACGAGCGGAACAGGAUCUUGUUCCAGUGUGGCCAUCAUCUCAAGCGCUUGGGCGGGUGGCUUAACAGUGACUCUUGUAAUCCCAGUUACAACUACUGUCACAAGCUGGACGAUUGGUGUAACCUUUUCCGCCGCUCUUUCCAGUUUGCAGAUAUGGAAUGCCCAAUCAAGCACUACUGAUAACGUUCGAUUCAACCUAAUUAAUUUGAGCUACAACGGGCUUCAAAGUUCGGGAACCAUACUGAACUCGGUUGGAUUCAACGCCUAUUAUCCAGCUUCAAAUCCUUCGCCCAUCAUCACUAGUGUCGUUUUUAAUGGUGUAAACGUCUGCACCACUGGCGUAGUGUCAACCACAGCACCGGCGAUCACAACUAAAGCAGCACCAACUACGUUGAAUACAGGAAGUACAACACCAGCUGGCACAGCUACAACAGCACAAUCAAACUCUUCAGCUCCUCCGCCUUUAACUACUAAGUACAAUUACGCCGAAGUAAUAACCAAAUCGUUGCUUUUCUAUUACGCUCAACGUUCUGGCCGCUUGCCGACCAACGACAACCCCAUUUCGUAUCGUUCAGAUUCCGCACUUGGAGAUAUUGGACAAAACGGCGAAGAUUUAACCGGCGGAUAUUAUGAUGCUGGUGACUUUGUCAAGUUUGGAUUCCCCAUGGCUUAUACAACAACUGUUAGUGCAUGGUCCGUAAUCGACUAUCCGUCCGGUUAUUCUUCGGCAGGCCAAUUGACGAACGCCCGGAACAUGGUCAAAUGGGCCAGCGACUAUUUCAUCAAAGCACACGUCGCCCCCAAUAAACUAUACGGUCAGGUGGGUGAUGGUAACGCUGAUCACUCUUAUUGGGGUCGUCCCGAAGAAAUGACCAUGGCAAGGCCGGCGUCUUUCAUCUCCACUUCAAAUCCUGGAUCGGAUCUGGCUGGCGAGACGGCUGCUGCAAUAGCAGCAACUUCUAUAGUUUUCUCUCAAGUGAACGCGACUUAUUCGGCAAUUUGCUUGGCUCAUGCUAAGGAUCUCUACGCGUUCGCUAAGCAAUAUCAAGGACUAUACAGCUCAUCCAUUCCUCAAGCGGGCAGUUUCUAUUCAUCCAGCGGUUUUGGAGAUGAACUUGCCUGGGGAGCAAUCUGGUUGUACAGAGCUACUCAAGAUGUUGCCUAUCUGAAUGAUGCCAAGACUUUUUUCAAUCAAUAUGGACUCUCAGGAGCCGGGGCAUUUUCAUGGGAAAAUAAAGCCGCUGGGGUUCAGGUAUUGUUGGCAAAAUUAACCAAUGAACCGACUUACAUCAGUUCCAUCAGGACAUUCUGUGAUUCCUAUGUCAAUCAACCAAAGACGCCCAAGGGACUUUUGUUUAUCAGUCAAUGGGGAUCACUGCGUCAUGCAUCCAAUAUUGCUUACAUUUGUCUACAGGCAGCUGACCUCAACAUCAAUUCGUUAACUUAUCGCAAAUUCGCACAACAACAGAUUCAUUACGCCUUGGGAGACACUGGUCGGAGCUUUGUCUGCGGUUUUGGAACCAAUCCUCCCGUUAAAUCUCAUCACCGCUCCAGCUCUUGCCCUAACAUACCAAAUACCUGCGACUGGAAUACCUACAAUUCGCCAUCACCAAAUGCCCAAAUCCUUUACGGAGCUUUGGUAGGUGGACCGGACAACAACGAUAACUACAGCGACGAUCGCUCAAACUACGUUUCAAACGAAGUGGCUACCGACUACAAUGCCGGCUUUCAAGGCGCAGUAGCCGCCCUUCAGGCACUUGCCGUUAAUGGGAAAUUCAACUAAUCUAAUUCAAAAAGUUUCUAUAUUUCCAUCAAUCCAAGUUAUUCAUUCACGGUGAUGGUUUAUCUUCUUGGUUUGGGCAAUACACAGAAUUUAUUGGUCGGCAACUGAUUCUAACGCAGCUUCUCUCUUCAUGACUGUAACGAUUCCUUUGUUAAUUAUUUGGUCUUUUUUUACUCCUUCCCGAUAAAUCAAUUCAUAGUCGACGAAACGAA